CAAGUCAUACCUUUGCCUGCCCUCCCCUGUGGGGGCCAGGAUGCUGAAGAAGCAGUCUGCUGGGCUUGUGCUGUGGGGUGCUAUCCUCUUUGUGGCCUGGAAUGCCCUGCUGCUCCUCUUCUUCUGGACACGUCCAGUGCCUAGCAGGCUGCCGUCAGACAAUGCUCUCGAUGAUGACCCUGCCAGCCUCACCCGUGAGGUGAUCCGCUUAGCUCAGGAUGCCGAGGUAGAGUUGGAACGUCAGCGGGGACUGUUGCAGCAGAUUAGGGAGCACCAUGCUCUUUGGAGCCAGCGGUGGAAGGUGCCUACUGCAGCCCCUCCUGCUCAGCCGCAUGUGCCUGUGACCCCACCGCCAGCUGUGAUCCCCAUCCUGGUAAUUGCCUGUGACCGCAGCACCGUCCGCCGCUGUUUGGACAAGCUACUGCAUUAUCGGCCUUCAGCUGAGCUGUUCCCCAUCAUUGUCAGCCAGGACUGUGGGCAUGAGGAGACAGCCCAGGUCAUUGCUUCCUAUGGCAGCGCAGUCACACACAUCCGGCAACCUGACCUGAGCAACAUUGCUGUGCAGCCCGACCACCGCAAGUUCCAGGGCUACUACAAGAUCGCACGGCAUUACCGCUGGGCAUUGGGCCAAAUCUUCCACAAUUUCAACUACCCAGCAGCUGUGGUGGUGGAAGAUGAUCUCGAGGUGGCACCAGACUUCUUUGAGUACUUCCAGGCCACUUACCCACUGUUGAAAGCAGACCCCUCCCUCUGGUGUGUGUCUGCCUGGAAUGACAAUGGCAAAGAACAGAUGGUAGACUCGAGUAAGCCAGAGUUACUCUACCGCACAGAUUUCUUUCCUGGCUUAGGCUGGUUACUGUUGGCUGAACUCUGGGCUGAACUGGAGCCCAAGUGGCCCAAAGCCUUCUGGGAUGACUGGAUGCGCCGGCCUGAGCAGCGAAAGGGGAGGGCCUGUGUGCGUCCAGAAAUCUCAAGAACGAUGACAUUUGGCCGCAAGGGUGUGAGCCAUGGGCAGUUCUUUGACCAGCAUCUCAAGUUCAUCAAGCUGAACCAGCAGUUUGUACCCUUCACCCAGCUGGACCUGUCGUACCUUCAGCAGGAGGCCUAUGACCGGGAUUUCCUUGCUCGUGUUUAUGGUGCUCCCCAGUUACAGGUGGAGAAAGUGAGGACCAAUGACCGGAAGGAGCUAGGAGAGGUGCGCGUACAGUACACAGGCAGGGACAGCUUCAAGGCUUUCGCCAAGGCCCUGGGUGUCAUGGAUGACCUCAAAUCAGGUGUACCCAGGGCUGGAUACCGGGGCAUUGUCACCUUCUUAUUCCGGGGCCGCCGUGUCCACCUGGCGCCCCCUCAGACUUGGGAUGGCUAUGAUCCUAGUUGGACUUAACAGCUCCUGCCUGUCCCUUCUGGGCUCCUUCCUUGCAAUUUCAUGAUCUAAGAUGGGACCGUAGUCCCUGGGCUGCAUUGUCUUUUCUGUCUUUCCCUCUUGGGUCCAUUUUUUUUUUUUUUCUUUUUUGAGUGGCAUUUGAAUACACAGAUGACAAGGUGAGGGUUCUUUUGUUAAAGGAGUUAGAUCAGGGAAAGCAUUCUGCUGUCUGUUGGGUAUCAAGCAGCAAACCACUGUGUGAUAGGGGAAGAAUGGGCUUUUUGGGGCCAGAAAUAUCCAUGUUCUGAGUUUUUCUCUUAGGUCAUCUGCAGAGGAGUUGGCAACUUUAGCUUUCUUAACCAGGCCUUUUCUUUCUGACCUGAGAGCCAGGGCAUGAGACUUCUUGUUCAUGCUCCUUUUUACCUUCCCCUAAUAAGGGUCUGGGCUACAGGAGAAGUGAACAUAUUGUGGCCAGAAUAAUACUAACCAGAGGGGCCUCAUUGUCAGAGUCUAGGUGCAGUUAUUGGGUUGUCAGAGUUAAUGCCUUCUGUUCUUCUUUCCUUAUUCCUGACUUCUGUCAGCUCUUCUUUCUUUGCAGCCUAGCAAUUUUUGGUUCUAAGAUGAAAAAUGAAGAGGAAAAGAAAUAUUCGCAUCCAGCUAUUGGGAGAAAGGUAGUGGGAAAAAAACUUCAUUGUACCACUUCAAAGAGACACUCUUGACCUCUUCCUUUCUAAAAAUUAGUCCCCUCCCUGUUGCUUCAGGAGAAUGCUGUGCUGGUCAGUUCUGUGUGAUCCUUCUUCCCUGAGUUUUGUACACAGGCUCCUCCCUAAGGCUGUGGCUUCUGGUGGCCCUCCUGACAUAAGUUACAGUGGCCAAGACCAGGACAACUCCGGCCAUGAGCUAGGUCCUGCCUACCUUCUCCAAAACAUUCCCAUGUCCUCACAGGCUAGGAUGCAGAUGUUGGUUGGAGAGGAAUUUGUGUGUGUGUGUGUGUGUGUGUGUGUUUUCUUGCCUGACCUCAGUUUCAUGGAUGAAAAGUGGAAGCUACAGAAUUAUUUUCAAAAAUAAAGGCUGAAUUGUCUGAAAAA